AUGCUGCAUGGAAUCGGAAGCGGGUACACGGAAGCGGAAGCGUUUGGAAACGGAGAAGCGAGUUUUUCUAAAAAUUUAGGAAGCGGAAAACUGAUUCAACGCUUCCAAUUUACCAAGAUCUCGCUUCCAACUCCGGUUCGUGCGGUUCCACUGCGUACCCAAACUCCAUAUUUCCCGAAUCAUGAUUGCUUAAUGAUUCCGGUUCCUCGCGAUUCCGGUUCCUCGCGAUUCCGGUUCCGGAGCGGGAUCCGUGUGUUCAUCGGCGCUUCCGUGCAUCGUAGCUAA